AUGCAGCCUUUAGAGGAUGCGCAGAUUGAUCUGGGCAAGGCCCAGGUCAUUGACCGUACCCCAAAAAUUAUCAAGGAAUUGAAGUUUGGUGUAUUAACCAAAAAUGAUAUCGUGGACCAAGCUUCAGUGGAAGUGUCUGACAGAAAAUUUUUCGAUCUCGAUAAUGGCCGGCAAAUUGUAUCGAACGGUCCCCUGGACACUCGAAUGGGUAUUUCUGGCAAGGUUGCCACUUGCGCGACCUGUGGUUUGAAUUCGAAGGAUUGCAAUGGUCACUUUGGUCAUGUGCGACUGGUUCUCCCAUCUUUCCACGUCGGUUACUUCAAGCGAGUUAUUGGUAUUCUCCAGGAGAUUUGCAAACAAUGUUCCCGAAUUCUUCUCCCAGAGACCGAGCGCAGAUCUUUCCUGCGGGAAAUGAGACGCCCUGGACUAGAUAACUUGCGCCGAAUGCAGAUUGCGAAGCGAAUCAAUGAAAGAUGCCGAAAAACACGUGUAUGCGAGCAUUGCGAUUCUAUCAAUGGUGUGGUGAAAAAAAUCGGUACAAGUGCACUGAAGAUUACCCACGACAAAUAUCGUGCUUUCAACGCCUCAACCUCUGUCAAAAAGAACCCUCCACUCAGCAAGACUGUCUUUGAUGAGUCCUUUGCUGAGAUGCGAAAUUCUAAUCCUGAAGUUGAGAAGCACUUUAAGAAAGCACAAGAGGAUCUGAACGCCCUGCGAGUACUUCAGCUCUUUAAGAAGAUCUCUGAUAGUGACUGUGAGCUUCUGGGCUUGGAUCCUAAAGAGGCUCGUCCAGAGAUGUUCCUCUGGCAGUACAUCCCUGCUCCCCCAGUGUGUAUCCGCCCGUCUGUGAUUCAGGACGCCGCAUCAACAGAAGAUGACUUGACUGCAAAGCUGGGAGAUAUCGUGCAAAGUAACAUAAACCUUAAGAACUCACUUGUUAAGGGCGCGCCUGUUCAGACUAUCAUGGAAUGUUGGGACUUUAUGCAGCUUCAAAUUGCGGUAUACAUCAACAGUGAUGUGCCCGGCCUCAAUAAGGCGGAUCUCGGAAAGCCCAUUCGUGGAUUUGUUCAGCGAUUAAAGGGUAAGCAAGGUCGUUUCCGUGGAAAUUUGUCCGGAAAGCGUGUCGAAUACACUGGUCGAACCGUCAUUUCACCUGAUCCGAAUCUUCGCGUGGAUGAAGUUGCUAUCCCAGAACUGGUUGCCAGGAAUUUGACCUACCCAGAGGUGGUGACCCGAUACAACAUGCAAAAGCUACAGCAGUGCGUUCGCAAUGGAACAAACAAAUACCCAGGAGCAAGAUUCGUGAUCAAGAAGGGCUCUAAUUGGCAAAUGAACACUAAGUUUGGUAAUCUGAACCAUAUGGCCAGUCAACUGCAAGAAGGUGACAAGGUAGAACGGCACCUUGAGGAUGGAGAUAUUGUACUUUUCAACCGACAGCCAUCUCUCCACAAACUGAGUAUUCUCUCCCAUUUUGCCAAGGUUCGACCGUAUCGAACAUUCCGACUAAACGAGUGUGUUUGCAACCCCUACAAUGCCGAUUUUGAUGGUGACGAGAUGAACUUGCACGUUCCCCAGACGGAAGAAGCAAGAGCAGAAGCCAUGGAGUUGAUGGGUGUGAAAAAUAACCUGGCGACGCCUAAAAACGGUGAACCAAUCAUCGCAGCUAUCCAGGAUUUCAUCAGUGCCGCUUAUAUCUUAAGUAGCAAAGACAAUUUCUUCGAUCGUCGCUCAUUUAGUCAAAUCUGUCUUUACAUGCUGGGCUCAGAGACACGCUUCGAUCUCCCACCUCCAACCGUCAUGAAGCCACAGAUGCUCUGGACUGGUAAGCAGGUUUUCAAUAUUCUGAUGCACCCCAACAAGGAUGACCCUGUCUUGGUCAAUCUUGAUGCGGCAUGCCGUGAAUUUAAAAUGCCAAAAGAUGGAAGUCCAAAGGACUUAGACCCGAAUGAUGGCUGGCUGGUCAUCCGCAACUCGGAAGUGAUGUGUGGUGUUAUGGACAAAUCUACCGUUGGUGACGGAAAGAAAGACAAUGUUUUCUACAUCAUGCUUCGUGACUUUGGACCGGCCGCUGCCGCCGAGGGAAUGAAUCGACUUGCUAAGUUGUCAUCUCGGUGGUUUACCAACAUGGGCUUCUCUAUUGGUAUCACCGAUGUCUACCCAAGCGACAGUCUUGUGAAAGCUAAGAACGAUCUGGUUGAAGCCGCGUACGCAAAGUGUGACGAAGUUAUUGCACAGUACAAAGCCGGUACACUGGAAAAGUACCCUGGUUGUGACGAGUUGCAGACUAUGGAAAACCAACUGUCCGGUCUUCUCAGCAAAGUCCGUCAGCAGGCUGGUGAUGAAUGUAUUGCACAACUCAGCAAGUACAAUUCUCCCUUGAUCAUGGCUACUUGCGGAUCCAAAGGUUCUGCUAUCAACGUGUCCCAGAUGGUUGCCCUUGUGGGUCAGCAAAUUAUCGGUGGUCAGCGUGUUCAGGACGGCUUCCAAGACCGCACCCUUCCUCAUUUCCCGAAGAAUGCUCGUCAACCUCCUUCCAAAGGUUUCGUUCGCAAUAGUUUCUUUUCGGGACUUUUGCCAACCGAGUUCAUUUUCCACGCUAUGUCUGGUCGUGAAGGUCUGGUCGAUACUGCCGUCAAGACUGCAGAGACUGGAUACAUGUCUCGUCGCUUGAUGAAGUCUCUUGAAGAUCUUUCAACCAUGUAUGAUGAUACUGUGCGAAAUUCUUCUGCGGCUAUCGUACAGUUCCAGUAUGGUGACGAUAAGCUGGACCCUGUGGACAUGGAAGGCAAAGCUAAGCCUGUCCACUUUGACCGAACCUUCAUCCACUCCGAGUCAAUUACAUACAGUAACACUGAGCGGAGUCUGCUGCCUGAAGAAAUUGACGAAGUUUGCAAAGAAAUGUUAGGCAAAGAGCGCGCUAAAUUGACCCGUAAGGAUCUCUUCGGCAACUCUUUGGAGUACAUGGAUCGCAGCGAUCAUGGAAUUGAUCAACUUGAGAGUGCCCGUGACUUCAUCGACUCUAUUCAAGAAUAUGUCGAUAACAAGGCUCGGAAAUUGUCCUCUCGUGGGGGUGAAAAUGAUCCUUCUGAUAUCAGAGCUCAGCAGGCAUUGAACCAUACCGGAAAACUGACAGAGACAACACUACGCGCAUUCAUAUCCGCCUGUCUCACAAAGUACAGGAAGGCGCAGGUGGAGCCAGGCCAUGCUGUGGGUGCUGUGGGUGCUCAGUCCAUCGGUGAACCAGGUACCCAGAUGACCCUGAAGACUUUCCAUUUCGCUGGUGUCGCUGGUAUGAGUAUUACUCAAGGUGUUCCGCGUAUUAAGGAAAUCAUCAAUGCCUCUAAGGUGAUCAGUACUCCAGUUAUUUCCUGCGAAUUAGUGAACAAAGAGCAGCUUGCUGCUGCUCGCAUUGUGAAAGGUCGUAUUGAAAAGACCUAUUUACGCGAUGUUAUGCGGUCUAUUACUGAGAAUUGGACGUCUGAUUCAGCAUACGUCACUGUUAGGAUCAAUCUUCAGACGAUUUCCGACCUGAAGCUUGAACUUACCGUCAGGCAAAUCGCUCAAGCAGUCAAAACGCACAAGCGCUUCAAGGGCGAAGAUCUUAAAUUUGUCACUACUCCAUCUGCGAUUAAAGUCUACAUGGACAUGAAUCCAGCCACCAAGGCAUCAUUGUCGAAGACAGAGAUCGCUGCGACAAGUCUUGAUCCCUUCCUACGUCUCAAACAUCUGAAGCGAAUCUUGCCCAAUAUCCAAAUUCUCGGACAUGCUCAGGCUCAACGUGCGAUUAUUCGAACAGAUGAGACAUCUACUAGCAAUACUCUGUUGGUUGAAGGCUACGGUCUGCGACAAUGUAUGACUACUGUUGGUGUCGAUGGCCUUCACACGAAGACCAACAACGUUAUGGAAGCACGCGAUGUUCUUGGAAUUGAAGCGGCACGUACGACCAUCAUUCAUGAAAUCAGCGAGGUCAUGAAUUCCAUGGGUAUCGAUCCUCGACACAUGCAGCUGCUGGCUGACGUGAUGACAUACAAGGGUGAAGUUCUUGGUAUCACUCGUUUCGGUCUGGCCAAGAUGCGUGACUCGGUUCUUCAACUCGCUUCUUUCGAAAAGACUGCCGACCAUCUCUUCGAUGCCGGUGGUGCCGGUCGUACCGAUUUGAUUGAAGGUGUCUCGGAAUGUAUUAUUAUGGGCAAAACUAUCGGAUUGGGUACUGGUGCCAUGGAGGUUGUCCGUCAACUUAAUUUCUAUGAAGGACAGAUUGGUCCCAGAAAAACCACCUUCGAAGAUGCCUGGACUGAAUUGUGUGAGGUGCCGCCAGUGAAGAAGGGCAAGAGGAGAGUUCGGUAG